UGUUAACAUUCGUUCUACAAUAAAGACAGAGUGAUAAAAAAAUUAAUUUACUUGGUAAAUACUGUUGUAAGAUUUUGGAAAAGUAUUCUUAAAUAGUAAUAAUUAAAACAGGUUGGAAUAAUGAAUGAUUCCACAAUGGACAUAGCUCAGACAAGUUUGAACGAUUCUAAUGACACAAAUACAUCGAGAGAGAACCAAUAUUAUGGAAGCAGUGUUUUUGACUUACUUCCUGUUUCGUACCGCAAUGCUAGAAUUUUCCUGUAUAACUAUCUUGUGAUAAUAAUUUGGAUCGUGUCAAUACUUGGUAACUCUCUGGUCAUUUUAGUGCUGAUGAAGAAGAAGAAUCGUGGCUUUUCUACAUCGAUUUAUCUGAAAGGUUUGGCAGUAGCAGAUUUGAGCCUUAACACUUCAAACACAUUCACUCUCUACUUUCUAGCGCAUGGGUAUAUCAAGCCUCCAACAUCCGACGCCGACUGCCAUUACCGAAACGUUUUUUCAUUUGCUAUUGCAUACAUAGCUACCUGGAUGCUCGUGGUUAUUUCUCUUGAAAGGGUAAUGAGCGUCUGGAUGCCAUUCAAAGUCAAGCGCCUGUGCACAGCGAAUACAGCUUAUAUCGUCAUCGUCUUCACGUGGAUACUUUUCCUAGGACUUGCUUUCUUGCAUGAGAGAUUUAUGGCCUACUCUAGUCUCACCUGUCAAAUAAAAGAGGAAUAUCUUGAACUAUACGUGGAGUAUGUCAUAUGGGUUCUGAUAACAGUCAAGUAUUUUAUACCAUACGCCAUUAUUCUCGUGUGUUCUUUUAUCAUUAUGUCAACACUUCUGCGCAGAAAAAUUAGAAAACACAGCACUGAAAAAAGAAACAGAGGAACGUCUGUCAACAUCGCCUUACUAAGCGUCAACAUAGUUUUCCUUCUCACUAAUUCCCCCUACAUUUUCUUUUAUCUUCAUACGGACUACGGUUUUUUCGACCCAGAUAUAUACCUAAGCUAUGCUUAUUACCAGUUCUGGUCUGUUUACUUAAAGGUUGUGAAUGAUUGCAACAGCGCUGUCAAUGUAUUCGUUUACUUUCUCGUUGGUUCGAGAUUUCGUGCCGAUGUGAAAGAAAUGUUAUUCGGAUGCAUUCCAAACGAUCGGGCUGGUAUAAUGAAAGGAAUUCGUAAUGAAUUAAAAACGCGAAGCACCACUCUUUUGCCGACAGAAGUAAGUGCACAUGCCGAUGAUUUGAUUUCUUCAACACCUAAACUAAUGCGCCGGCAAGAAUCUCAAUUCAGUAUAUAGAAACUACUUUACCAAAAUAAAAACAUGGGUCAGCGUUAUUUUAGGUUUUAAGUCCGGCGAGUGUUUGCAUCAUACAAAAAAUGACAUAGACAUUUUGCAUUCGACAGUAGUUUCCAGGCUGAUCACUGCCAAGUAGAAUUUAAGCCUCCGCUGGUCUAGUCACAAGUAAUCCAAAUAUAAAAAGUCCUAAUCUUUUUUUCCUUUCCGAGUGCCUUUUCUCAACAGCAACGUGUUUACUUUUACCCUACCGCAUUUCAGUAUGUAUCACCUUGCAUUCGAUCGAAAUCGGCAUGUUCCUAUCGCAUGCUAGGUAAAAAUUGCGGCGUAAGAAUUUAAUGUCUCGAAAAGAGAAACUGAAAGAAACGAAAAGUAGUAAAUUAAGUGGGUUGUAUUUUUCUUAUAUAAAAGUUAACACCCCCAUUUCAUUUCGUUUUUCUAAAGUAGCGAUCUAGUUCUUUUAGGGAAUAUAAGUCUCUGCAAAUCGGAUAUGCUUGAAAAUGUCGAAAAAGCCGUUAUGAAGUAAGUGGAUUUAUAUGAAAUAAAGAACAGCCGGAUUUCGUGGUGUUCAGCCUCCAGUGGUUUUACUAGUGCUGGUAGAAUUCGUCUAGUGUUCCAGGCUACAUAGAACUCUCGUGUCGUAUAUACGAGGUUUUAAUGAAAAAUGUCUAAAUUCAUAAGGUAGGCCUACGUUACGCAAGAAAAAUAAUCUUUCAUUGUCUGGAGGUGCGGAUAUAGGAAUUUGAUCAGGUACAUAAUCCCCCGCAAAUACAACAUGUGAAAUAGUUUUAUAUUGUUGCUCAGACUCAGAAUACUCGUGUCAAGAAGAUCUAACAAAACAGCUUUGAAAUACCUGUUCAAUACUUUUGAUAAAGAUUAUGCUAUUAAUAUCUUUAAAGAACAAAACCGGAAGGGUAUGUACUAAAUAAGGAAGUUAUCUAUUGACUAGUACGAAAUAUACUGAGCGCAUUUAUACUUUGCGACGUCUUUCUUGUGUAUGAACACGUUUAAAAAUGUCGGUGCGAGUAGGUAGAAUAGAAGCUUUUCAUACUCAAAGAAAACGCGUAACGUAUUUUUGUAGUUAUUUUUCGUUUACUUUCUUUUAAUUUAUAUACAAUUGCGUUAGAUUCAACACAAAAAUAUAUAGAAAUAACGGCGGCGUUCUAAAGUCGCCUUCGUCGGUCGACGUUAUUUAUACAGCUGUGUUACGUGAGUGGCACGUUAUUUAUACCGUUGUGUGACGUGAAUGACACGUUAUUUAUGUCAUUUGUGCGACGUGAGUGGCACGUUAUUUAUACCGUUAUGUUACGUGAUUGGUAUGUUAGUUAUACCGUUAUGGGACGUGAUCGGCACGUUAUUUAUGCCUUUGUGUAACGUGGAAGGCAUGUUAUUUAUACCGUUGUGUGACGUGAAAGGCACGUUAUUUAUACAGUUGUGUGUGACGUGAGUGGCUCGUUAUUUAUACCAUUGCGUGACGUGAGUUGCAUGUACGGUUACUUCUAAAAUACAAUCCAUGGAAGAAAACUGUAAAUAUUGCUUUAUUAUUCUAUUUAGUAUAUGUCUUGUGUCCAGCUAAAUAUAUUGUAAGUGUAUUGCAAUUCAUUUUAAUAUUAGGUGUGUGAUAAGUUUGUAUUACUGUAGUGUUCUGUUUAUUUGUACAAAUGUACAAAUAUUUUAUGGUGGUAUGACUAAAAGAGGUAUUUGAUUAUUUGAAGCUUAUGACAAUUCAUUUCUUAGUGUCGUCACUUUUUAUCUGUAAUUUGAAUUUAUAUGUGUGCUAAUUGUUUUUAUUAUAAACUACUUGUGUUGAUAAUACUUUUUAUGGCCAGACAUUUUUAAGGUUUGAAUGAGAGUUAAAAUUAAUAGUUUUCAUGCUAUUUUCACUGUGUGUACACGAUUGGAACAUUUUUAAAGGGGGAAAUACGAGCUGAUAAUGCUGUUUUAUACACAAUUAGAAUUGAUUGUAUUCAAAUCCUAGUUUUUUCAAGUUUUGUCUUUUUUUCUCCAAUAUUUGAUGUUUUUCGGCUCAUUAGCUUUGGAAUUAUAGUUUACAAAUUUUGUGUUUAAAUGUUUCAUUUUCAAUUAACCCUUACCCUACUAAAUUUAUGUAAUGAACUUGCCCAUCAUUCAAUUUAGGCAGUACCAUUUGUUCGAUUUUCUUUGACAUGAUCCCCUCAACCAGGUAUAGAAUUAAAUUAAUUGUAAAGUAUUGGAGAUUGGGUAGGAGAGGAUGCGGGAAGGGAAAUGUCUCUGAAGUAGGUGUUACGUAUAGCUUGGGACAUUGUUCAAAUAUGGCGACAGAAGCAGGCAUUGUAUUCCUUUUAGUUUCCAGUACCUUUUUUGUAGUUAUAAGCUUAUAAUUAGUUUUGUUAUAUCUGAAUAAGAAGCUUUUAAAAACGUAUGGGUGUGUAUAUACCGUCUAAAUAUAAUAUAAAAGAUAUCAGCUUUUGACGAUUGUAAUAUACUAGCUUUAUCUGUUGUUGUUUUCUGUAAGAAUAUAUAAUGUUGCUUAUAAUUCUUUGUUGUACAUGUAGUUCAUGACAAUACCCCGGUAUUAUAUUCAUAUAACAUGCUGUUGCGUGAAAGUGCAUUUAAAAUGUUAACGUUAUGCCUUCAAGGACUUUAAAAUGCAUUUAAAACGGUACUUAUGUCAUUCAUGCAAUUUGUAUUUAAAUACACACUUUGAUAUUCUCUUAUUAUUCGUUUAAUCUGAUCAAAUAUAGUGGUUUCGUUUGUGUCACAUGAAGCGUGGCUUCAUGUUCUUUCAAAGGUUUGCUCGAUUGCAAACGUAUGCGCUACCAUUUCCGUUUAAACUUUACCUCGCUUUUCUAAAACGGACCUGUCCCUCAUUCAGUUUGGGCAAUACCAUUUCUUAUUGUAUUUGAAUGGGUGUUCUUUAAAAAAUUACUGCAGUGCAGGUCACGAUCAACCUGCACGGACGUACAGUCUGCAUUUGUUGCAAAGGCAGAAUCCCUGCCGCCGUCAGGCUGAAGGUUAGAAUUAAUCCUGAGUUUCUGUAUAAAGUCCAUAUGUCUUCACAUAAGUAUGAUUAUUUUCUCAAAACUUUUACCGAAACGCUUUAAAGCGACAGUAUGAAACACUAUCAAGUUAUUUCGGUAUGGACGGGCUGCGGCUCCAGGGUUCUACAUUUACAUCAUCACGCGGCUGUUUUGAAUUACGUCAACGUUAAAUACGAUGGUGUAUUGCUCGUGAAAAUCCAAAUAACCUUUCUAUCGUUGAGAAAAAAUCUAGAUGAUUUGUAUAUUUUUAACGAUAUAACAACUUUAUAGAUAUUCGAUAAUGAUUUUCUAUGACGACAACCAAAUCGCUGUAUAUCGAAUUAAUCUUGUUGGAAUAUAAGGAACAUGAGAGGAAAGCACGAGUCGUUUAGCGCAAAAAAAAACCGCUUUCAAUACCUAUAUGUAUUAUGCAUAAUUUAUACACACAUGGGCAUUUCUAUCACCUGGAAAACAUUUUGCAACCUCUGUUCUAUACAAGAACGAUAUGCAGCCAUUUUUCAAAAAAAUCUAUGAAUAUCCAAGCACCGGCGGUGUUAAACAAUUUACUUUUUGUUCAUUGUUUUUAUUAUAAGAUAUGAACUUUUACUAAACGCUUGAAAAUUUUAAGCGUUCAAAAUUGCCAAAUAAUUUUAUAUUUUGAUGAUACACAUAGAUGACGACGUUACAUAUCACUUGUCCAGGCUAUACAUGUAUAUAGUUUCUUAGCCAUGCUUAAAUAUACUUAUGAUAUUCAGUCAAAAGUCUUUUUUUUUCAUAUUAAAUCUUAAAUUGUCUCUUUUAAUCAGUUUUAUUAAUAUUUUUAGAGAAACAUCUUUACAGUAUCCAAACCAGGCUGUUUGGUAUCUUGCUAUAUUCCUUAACAUUGAAACUAUUAUAAGAUUUUGUUGCAUCAUUUUACCUGUUUUGUGUUUAUUUUAUUAUCGCCAUAGAAACGUGGAAACGAGGUAAAGCAUUAUCAGUGAACUUCUGUUGUUUUAUGUUGUAUACUUUGUAAUAAAUUUUA